AAAACUUUGAAUCCCCAAAGCCAUGGAAAAAUCGGAAUUCCCCUCCUUCCGAUCCGCUUCCCUUCCCAAUCCAACACUCCAGAUCCACCCUCGCCAAUUGCAACCUUCCACUACGCAAGAAUCUGGGCUCGUGCCUUCUCAAGGCCCAAUAACACCGCCCCUAUCACCAAGCAAUAGCGAUCACGGUGAGAUCGCACCAAAUGAUCCAAUGCAUGGUGUUGAGCCACAGGUUGCUAACCAUGCCCAACUCGAACCAACCCCCCGAGACUUUGGGGUAGAGCCCGCGCAGUCAGAAGGACAUAUGGAAGUUGACGAAGUCGAGUCUGCAUCGACGAUGCAGGCAGUGCGGCAUCUAGAAGAUGAACAGUCACAUGUGCACCGCGGCUCCCUGCGACUGACCGAUUUUGAAGUUAAAGGAACUUUAGGAACCGGGACCUUUGGUCGCGUACUUAUCGUCCGCCUUCGGGGUUCAGCUCCUCCGACGGCCCAAAAUUGUUUCGCCAUGAAGGUCCUUCGGAAGACAGAAAUAGUUCGACUGAGACAGGUCGAGCAUGUAAACGCGGAGCGUUACAUCCUCUCUAGGGUCCGUCAUCCGUUCAUCGUGGACCUUUACGCAACAUUUCAAGACAGUCUCAACAUUUACAUGCUGCUCUCUUAUGUGCCGGGUGGCGAGCUCUUCACUCAUCUCCGGCGCGCCCAGCGGUUCACUCCAGACGUGACUCGCUUCUACCUGGCAAAUAUCAUCUUGGCUCUCAAAUACCUCCACUCCUUCAAUAUCAUUUAUCGUGAUCUCAAACCUGAAAAUCUACUGCUUGAUUCACGUGGCUAUCUGAGGCUUACCGACUUCGGCUUCGCCAAGAUAGUCGACGACCGUACCUGGACGCUCUGUGGCACACCAGAAUACUUGGCCCCGGAAAUUAUCCAGUCAGAUGGACACGGCAAGGCAGCUGACUGGUGGGCCUGCGGUAUUCUCGCCUAUGAGAUGAUGGUAGGGUACCCUCCCUUCUUCGACGAGACGGCGUACGGUAUCUAUGAGAAGAUCCUGAAAGGGAAAAUACACUGGCCGAGAGAUAUGGACAGGUUAUCCCGCGACAUUAUCAAAGCGUUCUUACAUCCUGACCGAAGUAAGAGACUCGGCAACCUGAUCGGAGGUGCACAAGAUGUUCUCGAUCAUCCUUGGUUCCGUGGCGUUGACUGGGAUGCUCUGGAACGCCGCGAAAUUCGGGCUCCAAUCAUACCUCAUGUGUCAUCUCUCGAAGACACUCGCCACUUCUCGCGGUUACCGUUGCCACCGGCUGAAGAAAUACCUGGUCUCAUUCGCGAAGAGAGGCCGCGUGGUCUAACCCAACGGUUUGACCCUGUGGAAUACCAAUUCUUGGAAUUUUGAGUAUACAUACACUCCUUAAGCUCAUAUGUUCUACGGGGCAUUGUUCGAAGCCGAAUGGACUGUCCACAGUCAAUAACGCGGCUUGGUACAGCUGUCUCGUCUUUCCUAACUUAUAGCGUGCUGCCAACGUACGGUUCAUCUUCUUGUCUCUAACUAUACCCUUUAUUGUAGCCCUGCCACAACCUUUCACCUGUAUAUAUACUCUUACCUUCGCCGUAACUCACCUUGUGUUACUACUUGUGUUUCGGACUCUGAAUUCAGAUUGUGCUAUAUUUUUGCCCUCGGCGCCGCUCCAGUUUUCUUUACUUGCUUAUAAU